CCACCACCAUCCCCUCGCCUCUCCCACUCGCCACUCAAUGCCAUGACUUCCCGCCACCUCGCCCGCCUGGCGCGGGACGACCACCACCACCACGCAGCGCAGCCCUCCUCCUUUGUGACGAUCGGCACGCCGCUUCCCCCCCUCGUCGGCCGCGGCCGCGACCCCAACGAGGGCAAGCCGGCAUGGGAGCAAGAGGUGCGCGACGAGCAAGGCAGGCGACGCUUCCACGGUGCCUUUACGGGCGGGUGGUCCGCCGGGUACUAUAAUAGCGUGGGGAGCAAGGAGGGUUGGACGCCACAGACCUUCACCUCUUCGCGCAGGGCGGGGACCGGCGGGGAGAGGAGGGAGGCUCGACCCGAGGAUUUCAUGGACGAUGAGGACCUGGCGGAGCUGGACGAGACGCGCGUGAUGGGCAGUCGAGCUGGAUAUGCUGGUGCGGGGCAAGAGAAGAGCAGGCAUGCAGAGGGGGACGUCUUGAGUGACCUGUUAGGCUUGGGCAAGGGGGCCAUCCCUGGCGAGGUAGACGCAGCGGGAGAGGGGACGGGCUUGAUAGCUCCCCCUUCUUCUCUCGGGCACAAGAUCCUGGCGCGAAUGGGAUGGAAGGCGGGCGAGGGCCUGGGCGCGCUAGUAAAGGCAGAGAGGCGUGCGCUCUUGGAGGGUAUGCUCGGCCUGGCGCUCAGUCAGGUCAACGCUGCGGUGGGGCGUGGCGGGCUGAUCCCGCCCCCGGACACGCCGCUGCCUGCGCUGACGCUCGACUUGGACAAGCGGGACAGUUGUGGGCUGGGCUGGCGCGGAGGGAGCGGCGCGUCCGCAGCCACGUCGAGUUCUACGUCUGCGCAACGCGGCUUCGACAUCUCCGUGCUCGAGGAGGAGGAUGAGGACGAUCUGGCGGACAUCUACUCGAGCAGCGAGUCGCUGAGCGACGCGCUCCAGCGAAGGCGAGGCAAGCAGGGCAAGCAGGGCGCCCCUCCGACACGCGGCGAUGCUUCAUCUUCCACCUCGAUCACGGACAGCAACGAGCAGCGCUGGCGAGACGGCAAGGCCCUACCACCUGGCUUUGUGCUCGAGGCCGUGAUUGACGACAACAACGAUAGAGCGACUAUUCAAUCGGCCUCACACGCACGCGACUGGUUUCCCCCUCCUCAAGUCCCCGACGGGUGGAAGCCCGACCCCUUCAAGGUGUGGGGAAGCGCAAAAGCCUCCGUCCCUCCCCCAGCACCCUUUCUAGACACCGCAGCAGCAGCAGCAACCUCGUCGUCACGCCAACCGCAACGCGAUGCCGCAGGAAGGGCGCAAAUCCUCGGCGAGGCUCCCAUGCCCGGUCCUCCGCCCAGUCUAGCCAACUACAUGUCAUCCUCGACCGCAACUCAAGCUGCGACUUCCACCAUCCCCCUUCCUCGCCUCGACCCAGCCACAGCGCGCGUCGCGCUGCGUGACCACCACGCACGUCUCUUCGGAAACGACAGCGAGAAGCAGAAGCGCUACGUCUGCUUCCUGGAGAGGAUCGUCGAAUCUAGCGAGAGCGGGAGCGAGGAGCCAGCGCGCAUGCCCCUCCCUCCCGGCCGAACCGUCGAAGAGGCCCUUGCCGAGUUGGAGAAAUUCGCGCGUCUGGCCACCAAACCCAAGCCCACAACCUCGGCACUGAGCGCCACAAUGGCAUCUCGCUUCGCCCCCGCUCGCACGACGCAGGGAGCAGGGGACGUCCCCGCGCCCACUCCGGGUCUCUACCAACCUACCCCGCGCUCUCGAGAGGAGUCGGAGAUGGAGCGCAAGCGGCGAGAGGAAGAGGAGAGACUGCGCGCUGAGCGAGCGAGGGAGGAGGAAAGGAGCGACGAGCAAAAGGCGGCCAAGGCUGGGCUGUUUGGGUCGGGUAGGACGCGGCGGGUUGUCCCCUUCUUCCCGCCCAAGUUGCUCUGUAAGCGAUUCGGGGUGGCAGAUCCGCACCCGGAGCGCGCUGGGCCUAGCAGCGGAGAGGGUGAGGUGCGUGAACAUCCGCACGCAGAGGAAGGGGAGGGGGAUCCAUUCGACGCAGGACCGAAGAGCGGGGAAAAAUGGGAACGAUCCGCCGCUCGUCGGGAGAUUGCUAGGGGGGAAGCACGUUGGGAGUCUAGUCGACGCGAGCUGCUCAGUCGCGCGGGGGAACGACGAUGGGAGGACAAGAAUGAGGGUCAGCCGCUCGCUACGGCGGAGAAGGAGCAGGCGGAGGAGCCAAGGGUGGUGCGCAGCUUAGAGCAGGUGGGGCUGGGUGAGGGGGACGAGGAGCAGUUGAUCGAGAUUGAGCGGGGCGUUCGGCCGGGUAGGGAGGUUUUUAGGGCCGUUUUUGAGAGUGAUGGUGAGGAGGACGGCAACAGCGACGGGGAGGAGAAUGGGCAAGAGAUGGGGAUGGAGAGGAAGGAGGUUGACCGCCUAGACCGCGCGGGGGGGGAGUGGUCGAGCAAGACGGCCACGGCGACGGCCACGACGACUCUUCCCGUCCUCGAUGAAGCGCAACGCCCCCUCUUUGUCCCUCGUGCUAAGACGCAGAGCGAGGCGGAUGCGGGUGGGGCAGCAGCCAACAAGCGUAGUCGUCCGCGCGCCGAAGAGGGCAAGAAGCAGAAGAGCAAGAAGGCCAAAGCAAGCAGGGGAGCGCUGACGUUUGAUCUGGAUGGGGAGGGCGAGGAGGAGGGCCCUGUCGCGCAGAAGAAGGCAAAGCCUGCGGAGAAGGGCGAGAAACGCGAGAAGGCGGCAGCUGGGGUGAGAGUAAAGGCGAGCGAUCUCUUCUGAGCCAUAAUGUACCAUAGUCAAGCCUGCGAGCGAACGGUGCGUGGAGUGGCAGU